AUCAAAAAUUGAAUGGAAAGUCAGCUGGGAAAUGUGGAAAUCUAUCCACCGUCACCUUUGCCAACGCUCAGAAACCCGGGAAACAACAGAAAGGCGAAACGAGGGAUGUAGGCUAUUCGAUGUCCCUUGGAUAAUAAUCCUAGUUCAAUUCAUAGUGAUCCUUGCACUGGUUCUUGGUCUUAUCGCCUUCUUCCUCACCAGAUCUGAAUCCUCUUCAACCACUUCAGAAUACUCUACAAGAACAUAUCAGAACUUCGAAUUGCAAACUAUAUCACCAAGCAGCUCGCCGUUGACAUUCCGCAGACGGUUUAAAACGUCUACAGAAUCUCCGGAAGGAGUUGAUUUCAAUUUUUCUAAAGAUUUGGAUCCAGUUGUGGUUCCGGUUGUUCCGGCUGAAAUAAUAACCACCACUUCGACGACAAAAUCCCAUCAAAGUACGAUUCUAGAGUCUGUAAAUAGCGUCGAAGUAUUUGAAAAUGACGAAAACCUUCGUGCAGCAGUCUUCACAUCAUCUGCCGAAUGUUCUGCAAUCGGAAAAUCCAUAUUGGUCAGAGGGGGAAAUGCAGUUGAAGCUGCAAUUGCUGCAAGCUUCUGUUUAAUGGGAGCAAUGCCUAACAAAGCCAGUCUUGGCGGUGGGCUCAUGAUGACUGUAAAAACGAAAAACGGAAAUGCUACUACUAUUAUUGCAAGAGAAACUGCGCCAAUGAACGCCGACAUCGAUGAACUCAAAAAGAACCCAGAGCUCACACACGUUGGGCCGAAAGCAUCAGGAACUCCCGGCACCCUCAAUGGCUUAUACAGAGCUUUCCAAAAAUUUUCCUCUAACAGAGUCCAAUGGAAACAUCUUGUCUUACCAACUAUUCAACAAUGCAAUAAAGGAUUCAAAUUAUCCGAAGACUUGAAAAAAAGAUCCAGCGCUCCUGCCCUUGCACAAUUCUUCAAAGCAAACGUUCAGAAGGAUAAGAUUCUUUGCACGAGUUUGUCUACUCUGUUAACUGAUAUUGCCGACUAUGAAAGUCCACUGGAUGCCUUUUAUCAUGGAGAAACAGCACAGAAGCUUGCAAAGGAGUUGGGUGGUUACAUGACAGCUUCAGAUUUGGAAGAUUAUGAAAGUGAUAUGAGUUCGGCAAUCUGCAGUGAAAUUGAUGUGGAUACUAAAGUUUGUGGGCCUGGAUCGCCGUCGUCGUUUGCAGUACUUGCAAAUACAUAUUUGGCAACUAAAAAUAUGUCAAAUCUCGCGAAAGUAAACGAUGUUCUCCGCUCGAGCAUGGGAUUAAUCAGUAAAAUCGCCGACCCGAUGUUCGUGAAAUCCAGUAAAAAAUACACGGAGGAACUAGCUAAAACAUCGAAAAGAUCAAGUUCCGAGGCAAAAAAUCUAGCUGUAAAUUUCAAAGAAGAUGGUUCAACUGAAGUAUUUGUAAUUGAUGAGAACAAUAUGACUGUCAGCGUUUUGUUGUCAUUGGGUGAUGAUUUUGGAAGUUUGAUCUACUCGUCUUCAGGAUUCUUUUGGAAUAAUAAAUUGAGAUAUUUCGAUGUGAAAAAUGAGAAUGUUCCAUUGUCAUUGCAACCUGGAAAGGUGCCAACGUCGUUGCUGUCACCAAUUGUUGUAGUCAAGAAUAACUCGGUCUUCGCUGUGAGUGGUGGAUCCGAUCUACUGGGCCUCGUACACCUUCUGCGAGACAUAACUCACCGGAACUACGACGCGUCAAAAGUUGCUCCCUCGCUUUUUGUGCAGAAUUCUGGAAUUACUCUCAAGUCUCCGUCCAACAACAAAUAUUCAAUUACGGGCUAUUGAAUUUGUAGUAUUACAUUUCUUGACUUGAUAUUCAAACUUUGAGUUUUCAACUUUGAUUUUCUUUGUUGAUUUUUGUUGUCUGUAUAUGAGAUUUUUAAUAAAUUAUUUACAAAACAAAA